AUGGAGACUGAUGAUAUCUACAGAGCUGGAAGCUUCUUGCUGGGUGGAGGAGGGUCUUCGAUAUGGACCAACAACAACAACGCCAUCAACGAUAAUGAAGCUUUCCCGACGCCUUCGCGGGAAAAAGAGGACGACGAGGAAGCUCUCAAGUGGGCAGCGCUGGAGAAGCUCCCCACUUACAGUCGCCUGAAAAAGGGCCUCCUCACCACUCCGGACGGCCCCGCCGCCGAGAUCGACGUGGACCACCUCGGCUUCAAGCAGCGGAAGGAGCUGGUGGACCGGCUGGUCAAAGUCCCCCAAGAGGACAACGAGAAGUUCCUUCUCAAGCUUAAAGAUCGCAUCGACAGAGUGGGAAUCAAGCUUCCCACCACUGAAGUCCGAUUUGAGCAUCUGAAUAUCGAAGCAGAAGCCCAUGUAGGUAGCAGGGCAUUGCCAACUUUCUUCAACUUCUUCCUCAAUAUAUUCGAGGGAUUGUUCAGUUGUCUCCAUAUCUUUUCCAAUGGGAAAAAGCAAAUCUCCAUCCUCAACAAUGUCAGUGGAAUCAUUAGACCAUCACAGAUUACAUUGCUUUUGGGUCCUCCAAGUGCUGGGAAAACCACUCUGUUAUUGGCAUUGGCUGGAAAGCUUGAUCCCACUCUCAAGGUUUCUGGGAACGUGACUUACAAUGGCCAUGAGAUGAGUGAAUUUGUUCCCCAAAGGACAGCUGCAUAUAUCUGUCAAGAUGAUGUCCAUAUAGGAGAAAUGACUGUAAGGGAAACCUUAGCCUUCUCAGCAAGAAGCCAAGGGGUUGGACACCGUUAUGAGAAGUUAAUAGAGUUGUCGAGAAGAGAAAAGGAAUCAAACAUCCAGCCUGAUCCAGAUAUUGAUGUGUUCAUGAAGGCUAUAGCGACCGAGGGUCAAGAAACGAAUGUGAUAACAGAUUACGUCAUAAAGGUUUUAGGACUAGAAAGCUGUGCAGAUAUCAUGGUAGGGAACGACAUGAUCAGAGGUAUCUCUGGAGGACAAAGAAAGCGUGUCACAACUGGUGAAAUGUUGGUGGGACCUGCAAAUGCAUUGUUCAUGGAUGAGAUAUCCACGGGCUUGGACAGCUCAACAACUUUUCAAAUUGUCAAGUCACUAAAGCAUUACAUUCAUAUUCUCGAUGGAACAGCUGUAAUCUCCCUUCUGCAGCCAACACCCGAAACCUACGAUCUGUUCGACAACGUUAUUCUCUUGUCGGAUGGCUACAUUGUGUAUCAGGGACCUAGGGAAUACGUGCUUGAUUUCUUUGAACAGAUGGGAUUCAAGUGUCCUUCAAGGAAAGGUUCUGCUGAUUUCCUGCAAGAAGUGACAUCAAAGCAAGAUCAACAGCAGUACUGGAUGAAAAAAGAAAAUCCAUACAGGUUUGUCAAUGCUAAAGAAUUUGCAGAGGCAUUUCAGUCAUUCCACGUAGGGACGAUGCUAGAGCAAGAGCUUUCGUCUCCAUUUGACAAGAAGAGGAGUCACCCUGCAGCAUUGACAACAAAGGUAUAUGGCGUUGGGAAAAUGGAGCUAUUCAAAUCUUGCUUCGCGAGAGAGUUGCUGCUCAUGAAGAGAAACUCAUUCGUCUACAUCUUUAAGUUUGCACAACUUAUAUUCAUGGGACUAGUGGCCAUGACACUCUUUCUACGGACCGAGAUGCAUCGAGAUUCAAUCAUUGAUGGUGGAAUUUACCUUGGGGCUUUAUUCUACACGGUGAAUGCUUUCAUGUUCAAUAGCAUGGCUGAGAUCUCCAUGACCAUUGCAAGGCUUCAUGUGUUUUACAAGCAAAGGGAUCUCCUGUUCUAUCCUGGAUGGGCGUAUUCUCUUCCCCCAUGGAUCCUUAAAUUUCCAAUCACGUUAAUCGAAGCUGGUUCUUGGGUGUUUCUUACAUAUUAUGUGAUUGGAUAUGAUCCAAAUGCAGGAAGGUUGUUCAAGCAAUAUCUUUUGCUAUGUCUUGUGAGCCAAAUGGCUUCAGCCUUGUUCCGGUUUAUUGCUGCAUCAGGAAGGACUAUGAUUGUUGCCAAUACAUUUGGAUCGUUUGCACUGCUUUCACUCUUUGCAUCUGGUGGCUUUGUCUUGUCAAGAGAAAACAUAAAGAAAUGGUGGAUUUGGAGUUAUUGGAUCUCACCAAUGAUGUAUGGACAGAAUGCAAUAGUGGCUAAUGAGUUCCUUGGAAGGAGUUGGAGCAACAUUCUCCCUAACUCGACUGAAUCUCUAGGAGUUCAAGUUUUGAAGUCUCGUGGAUUUUUCCCACAUGCAUAUUGGUAUUGGAUUGGAGCAGGGGCUCUAGUUGGAUUUGUACUAAUAUUCAACUUGUGCUUCACUCUAGCUCUCACUUUCCUUAGCCCCUUCAAGAAAUCUCAAACUAUAGUGCUGGAGGAUUCUCAAAAUGAUGGAGCAGAUAAACCCGGAGUAGUUGUUGAGUUGUCCAAUAUUGAAGGUGGUGAAGAAGGAAUUAAGACUCCACCCACAAAAAGGGGAAUGGUUCUUUCAUUUGAGCCAUACUGCCUCACAUUUGAUGAUAUUAACUACUCUGUGGACAUGCCCCAGGGAAUGAAAAUUGAAGGUGUUGCUGAAGAUAGAUUGGAGCUUUUGAAGGGUGUGAGUGGUACGUUUAGGCCUGGGGUUUUAACAGCAUUAAUGGGUGCUAGUGGUGCCGGUAAAACCACUCUAAUGGAUGUCCUAGCUGGUAGGAAAACCGGUGGAUAUAUUGAGGGAAACAUCACAGUUUCAGGUUAUCGUAAGAAACAAGAAACCUUUGCAAGAAUUUCUGGCUACUGUGAGCAAAAUGAUAUACAUUCUCCACAUGUCACAGUCUACGAGUCAUUGCUCUACUCCGCUUGGCUACGGUUACCUGUAGAGGUGAACGCUGAAACUAGAAAGAUGUUCGUGGAGGAAGUGAUGCAGCUUAUUGAAAUGAAGCCAUUGAGGCAGGCAUUGGUUGGAUUACCUGGUGUGAAUGGUCUUUCAACAGAGCAACGCAAGAGACUAACCAUUGCAGUUGAGCUAGUGGCAAACCCUUCUAUCAUAUUCAUGGAUGAGCCGACUUCAGGCUUAGAUGCAAGAGCUGCUGCCAUUGUCAUGAGAGUCGUCAGGAACACCGUGGAUACUGGGAGGACAGUAGUGUGCACUAUACAUCAACCAAGCAUCGACAUUUUUGAAACUUUUGAUGAACUCUAUCUACUAAAGAGAGGAGGUCAAGAGUUGUAUGUAGGGCCUCUUGGCCGUCAUUCCAGCCACCUAAUCAACUACUUUGAGGAUAUUGAAAGAGUCCCCAAAAUCACUGAUGGCUCAAAUCCUGCAAACUGGAUGUUAGACGUUACAAGUUCAGCACAAGAAUCAGAACAAGGAAUUGACUUUGCUGCUACCUAUAGAAACUCAGACCUUUAUAGGAGAAACAAGGCACUUAUUGCAGAACUAAGCACGCCUGCCCCAAGUUCAAAGGAUUUGUACUUUUCUACAAAAUACUCACUGUCAUUCGUCAAUCAAUGUGUCGCUUGCUUUUGGAAGCAGUACUUAUCAUACUGGCGAAAUCCACAAUAUACUGCCGUAAGGUUUCUCUUCACCAUCGCCAUAGCAUUGAUGUUCGGGACAAUGUUCUGGAAUCUUGGCUCCAAAACAUCAAAGAGACAAGAUUUGUUCAAUGCAAUGGGAUCAAUGUAUGCGGCAGUGAUCUUUCUUGGAGUCCAAAAUUCAUCUUCUGUGCAACCUAUGGUGGCCAUUGAAAGAAGUGUGUUUUAUAGAGAAAGAGCAGCUGGAAUGUAUUCGGCCUUGCCUUAUGCCUAUGCACAAGUGCUGAUUGAGAUCCCGUAUGUGUUCUCUCAAGCUCUUGUUUAUGGCCUCUUAGUCUACUCGAUGAUUGGGUUUGAAUGGACCGCCGCUAAGUUCUUCUGGUAUAUAUUCUUCAUCUACUUCACAUUGCUAUACUUCACGUACUACGGAAUGAUGGCUGUAGCCGUGACACCGAACCACCACAUUGCCUCAAUUGUUUCAUCUGCAUUUUACUCCCUUUGGAACUUAUUCUCUGGAUUCAUUGUUCCACGACCACGAAUGCCAGUGUGGUGGAGAUGGUACGCAUGGGCGUCUCCGGUAGCAUGGACAUUAUAUGGGUUGGUUGACUCCCAAUAUGGAGAUGUUGAAACUAGACUUGAUACCGGCGAUAGAGUCACAGAUUUCGUGCGGGGUUACUUCGGGUUCAGACACGAUUUCUUGGGAGUGGUUGCAGCUGUGGUUGUCGGAUUUGCAGCUCUCUUUGCUUUCAUCUUCGCCUUCUCCAUCAAGUUCUUUCAUUUCCAGAGGCGAUAA